AUGGGCCACGGUCACCAAGAACCUUUCAAAAUCCCGCAUUACUCGAUCUAUAAUAACUAUCGAGAAUUUCCUGAAUUGGCCGCACAUGAAAAGCGGCUUGCGCAGAUCGGCCUGAAGGACAACUGGAUUAGGAAUUAUACGUUUCUGUUCGAUCGCGAAAUGCUCACGUCCGUGGCAAUGGAUCAUUUUAAAGAGUGA